AGAAAUUCGCGUGUUUAUAUCUUUGUUGGUUGUUCUCGACUGAGACGCGGUGACGAUGGCGUGUCACACCCUCUUCGACCACCACUUCAACAAGGCCCUCGGAUGGCCAGCACAUGGGUAAGCGAGUAGAGGCGAUGUGGGACUGAGCAGAUGUUAUUUGAGGCAUGCGUGCAUCAUCGCACAACUUCCCUGUGUCGCUUCAGGGUUUGUGGAGAGUGACAGCAACACAGAGAGCGAGGCCCUGAGCGAUUUCCGACUCCCACCUCCCCGCCAGCCGCCCGCUGCGCCCGCCACCCCGCCCACGCCUCCGGCCGUCAUCCCCAACUAUCUCAAGGCGACCAAAGCAACGGCGGCCCGGAAGAAGGCGGCGGACGAGCAGCGCGCCGCACUGCUGAAGAAGCAGGAGACGGUGAAGAAGCUCGGGCGCUUCCGUUUCUAA